AAUUUGACCAACAAGAGACAACCAACGAAGGAGAGACACGUGGAAGAGGGAGAGUUGACCAGCGCAUGAUGUUCUUACGCGCCAUUUGGUCCCCUGCGUUGAAGGUUUCAACCGAAUAAAGAGUAGAUUUUUAGACCAAAACCCAAAAUUUGCAAAUAUUAUAGUUGAACCCAGCCACCUCACCUUGGGAGUUGAGUUGAAUAUCCCAAAAUAAUAAUUAAUUAAUUAAUGUUUAGGGGAAUAAAAGGAAUCCAUCCAUCGAUCUUGUGAUGAAUUGACGAGAGAUCGUUGAUUUAAAGGAAGAAGAAGAUGAUAUAAAAGCUGAAAAGGGUGUUUGUGUUUGUUUGUGUGUGUUUUUCGGUUGGGCGAUCUUGUCCAUAUAUCGAAAAUUCCCAUCCCACUGCUAAAUUUUCUUUAUUUAUCGUCUUCCUCUCCCAUCUUUGGCUCGACCAUCCAUCCAAAAGAGGGUUCUUGUGUUGUGUUGUGUUGUGAUAGGAAGAGGGAAGAGGGAAGAUGAUGAUGACAACAAUGGAGGGGAUGAUGGACAAGGCCGUCUUGGAUGACGUCAUUCGGAGGCUUCUCGAAGGGAAAGGAGGCAAACAGGUUCAGCUCUCUGAGUCCGAGAUCCGUCAACUCUGCGUCAAUGCCCGACAAAUCUUCCUCUCUCAGCCAAUUCUUCUCGAGCUCCGUGCUCCCAUCCGCAUCGGCGGUGAUAUACAUGGUCAGUACCAGGACUUACUGAGGCUUUUUGAAUAUGGUGGCUUCCCUCCUGCGGCAAACUACUUGUUUCUGGGGGAUUAUGUGGACAGAGGGAAGCAAAGUUUGGAGACUAUUUGUUUGCUUUUGGCCUACAAGAUAAGAUAUCCAGACAAAAUUUUUCUCUUGAGGGGAAACCAUGAAGAAGCAAAGAUUAACCGUAUAUAUGGUUUUUAUGAUGAAUGUAAAAGGAGGUUCAAUGUACGGUUAUGGAAGAUAUUCACCGACUGCUUUAACUGUUUGCCGGUGGCUGCUCUCAUUGAUGAGAAAAUACUUUGUAUGCAUGGGGGACUCUCUCCAGAAUUAGAAAAUUUAGAUCUGAUAAGAGAGAUUCAAAGGCCUACUGAAAUUCCAGAUAGUGGUCUCCUUUGUGAUCUGCUUUGGUCUGAUCCUGAUGCUAGCAUUGAGGGUUGGGCGGAUAGUGACCGAGGCGUUUCAUGUACCUUUGGACCUGAUGUACUUAUGGAGUUUUUGGAUAAAAAUGACCUUGAUCUUGUUUGCAGAGGGCAUCAGGUUGUGGAGGAUGGAUAUGAGUUUUUCGCUAAAAGAAGAUUAGUCACGAUAUUUUCUGCUCCGAAUUAUGGUGGAGAAUUUGACAAUGCUGGUGCAUUGUUAAGCGUUGAUGAUUCUCUUGUAUGUUCCUUUGAGAUAUUGAAACCCGCUGAUAGAGCAUCAGGAAGUAGUUCUUCGAAAAUGAAUUUUAAGAAGCAGCCACCCAAACUGGGAAAGAUCUAGUAAUUGGCAAAGAUUUUCGGUUCAAAUAGGAAUCCAAUCCAGCUAACUCAACUCGUACGGAGUUGAAAUUGUCAAGUAGGAGUUUGGCAUGGGAGAGCCUUAUUGAUUACAGAUUGCCAAUGAUAGUAUAUUGUAAACUGAACCACCCAGGCAUUCUUCUGUGCAGAGGCAGAUAUUAUUGCUUUAUACAUCAGCUGCUUGCUUGUGAUUGGCAAAAUUAGCAUGUAAUUUGUGAAUGCAAAGAGAUUUCUGUUACCAAAUGCGUAAAUUUCUAUGCCAUUUAUCUCAAUGACUUCUCAGGAAUGUUGUUUUUGGUA